AUGGAAGGCUGGAAUAAACUGCAGUCUAGCUUCGCGGGCCUCAACCUUGGCCAAUCUGCCAACAAGUUCACAAAGGGCUUCAACUCCCAGCUCCAGGCAACCAAGGAACGCCUUGGCCAGAUUGCUCCUGACGAAAUCACUGAGCUCCCCCAAGAGUACAAGGAUCUUGAGGCCCGCGUUGAUGCCCUCCGCAACGCCCACUUCGCCCUCCUCAAAAUCACCAAGGCAUACGGCAGCGAGACCUACGACUACCCAACCCAGAUCCAAGAGUCCAUUACAGAGCUCUCCACCUCCAUCGGCACAGGCAUCACCAACUUCGCCGCCGCCAACCUCAAGGGCACCUCCAUCCCCGCCCCACAGCCCGUCGCAGCCCCGCAGGCACAGCACAAGACCCUCCCGCACGCCCUCGCACGCGCCGCCGCCUCAGGUGCCCAGGGCGUCCAAGCGUCCCCCGGUGGCGCCGACGACCGUCUCGGCCGCGGCCUCGCCCUCUACGCCGCCUCCUGGGACAAGAUCGGUGCCGUGCGCGUGGAGCAGGACACCGCCAUCCAGCGGAGCUUCCUCGCCCCGUGGCAGCAGACCCUCUCGACCGCUAUCGACGUUGCCAUGAAGGCCCGCCAGGCCGUCCGCAUCUCCCGCCUCGAGCUCGAUUCCGCCAAGCAGUCGAUGAAGACUGUAGGACCCCCGCGGCAAGAGCAGUCCCGCCUCGAGGUCGAGAACGCCGAGGACGACCUCGUACAGAAGACGGAGGUCGCCAUCACGCUCAUGAAGAACGUGCUCGACAACCCCGAGCCCCUGAAGAACCUCAACGACCUCGUCAAGGCCCAGCUCAACUACUAUGCCCAGGCCGCCGAGGCACUGCAAGCCGCCCAGGGCGAGAUCGAGGAGCUUUCAGUAGGUGCCGAAGGCGACUACAGGUGA